AUGAGUGUAGAGGACGGGGGUAUACCAGGCCUGGGCCGUCCCAGGCAGGCCCGUUGGACCCUGAUGCUACUCCUGUCCACUGCCAUGUAUGGUGCCCAUGCCCCGUUGCUGGCGCUGUGCCAUGUGGAUGGCCAAGUGCCCUUCCGCCCCUCCUCAGCUGUGCUGCUGACUGAGCUGACCAAGCUACUGCUGUGCGCCUUCUCCCUCCUGGUGGGCUGGCAAGCAUGGCCCCAGGGGGCCCCACCCUGGCGCCAGGCUGCUCCUUUUGCACUAUCAGCCCUGCUCUAUGGCGCUAACAACAACCUGGUGAUCUAUCUUCAGCGUUACAUGGACCCCAGCACCUACCAGGUACUGAGCAAUCUCAAGAUUGGAAGCACAGCGCUGUUCUACUGCCUCUGCCUCCGGCACCGCCUCUCUGCACGCCAAGGGUUAGCAGUGCUGCUGCUGAUGGCUGCAGGGGCCUGCUAUGCAGCAGGUGGCCUUCAAGACCCCCGGAACACCCUUUCUGGGCCCCCUCCAGCUGCUAAUGCCAGCCCCAUGCCCCUGCAUAUCACUCCGCUGGGACUGCUGCUGCUCAUCCUGUACUGCCUCAUCUCAGGUUUGUCAUCUGUGUACACAGAACUGCUCAUGAAGCAACAGCGGCUGCCCCUGGCCCUUCAGAACCUCUUCCUCUACACUUUCGGUGUGCUUCUGAACCUAGGUCUGCAUGCUGGCGGUGGCCCUGGCCCAGGCCUCCUGGAGGGUUUCUCAGGUUGGGCAGCACUUGUAGUGCUGAGCCAGGCGCUAAAUGGACUGCUCAUGUCAGCUGUCAUGAAGCACGGCAGCAGCAUCACACGCCUCUUUGUUGUGUCCUGCUCGCUGGUGGUCAAUGCCGUGCUCUCAGCAGCCCUGCUGCGGCUGCAGCUCACAGGCGCCUUCUUCCUGGCCACGCUGCUCAUCGGCCUGGCUGUGCGCCUGUACUAUGGCAGCCGCUAGCCCCUGACCCUGUGGAUUGGGUGUCACCAUCAGAACCUCUUCCCAGGCCGCCCGUCCCCUCCUCUCAGCAGCCCUGUAACAAGUGCCUUGUGAGGAAAGCUGGGGACGUGAGAGCAGCCAGGACCCUCAAGAAUGAGGAGAGAGGAAACUUCCCCUGAAGGCUUCCUGAUCACCAGAUUUCUCCCCAGGGCAGGGAUCCAGCAAGACU